GCCGCACUGCGAGCACGCCUUCUGCAAUGCCUGCAUCACGCAGUGGUUCUCGCAGCAGCAGACGUGCCCCGUGGACCGCAGCGUGGUGACGGUGGCCCACCUGCGCCCGGUGCCGCGCAUCAUGCGGAACAUGCUCUCCAAGCUGCAGAUCACCUGCGACAACGCCGUCUUCGGCUGCACGGCCGUCGUGCGCCUCGACAACCUCAUGGCCCACCUCAACGACUGCGAGCACAACCCCAAGCGCCCGGUCACCUGCGAGCAGGGAUGCGGGCUGGAGAUGCCCAAGGACGAGCUGCCCAACCACAACUGCAUCAAGCACCUGCGCUCGGUGGUGCAGCAGCAGCAGACGAGGAUCGCCGAGCUGGAGAAGACCUCGGCCGAGCACAAGCACCAGCUGGCCGAGCAGAAGAGGGACAUCCAGCUGCUGAAGGCGUACAUGAGGGCGAUCCGCAGUGUCAGCCCCAACCUGCUGAACCUGGAGGAGACCAUCGAGUACAACGAGAUCCUGGAGUGAGUGCGGGCAGCUGCGGGCGCGCGGGUGACGCGCUGGGGCGGCAUGAUCUCCACGCCGGACGCCGUGCUGCAGGCGGUGAUCAAGCGCUCGCUGGUGGAGAGCGGCUGCCCGGCGUCCAUCACCAACGAGCUGAUCGAGAACGCCCACGAGCGCAACUGGCCCCAGGGGCUGGCCACGCUGGAGACGCGCCAGAUGAACCGGCGCUACUACGAGAACUACGUGGCCAAACGCAUCCCCGGCAAGCAGGCCGUGGUGGUGAUGGCCUGCGAGAACCAGCACAUGGGCGAGGACAUGGUGCUGGAGCCGGGGCUCGUCAUGAUCUUCGCUCACGGCGUGGAGGAGAUCUGAAAAAAGGUGAAAAAAAAGAUGUUUCAAUUGAAAAUAUCCGCCUCGGGACGGCGGCGGGGUGGUUUUCCCUGACUCGGCGUUUUUAGGGUUUGGGAUUUUCGCUCACGGCGUGGAGGAGAUCUGAAAAAAAAGAUAUUUCAAUUGAAAAUAUCCGCCUUGGGAUGACCUGACUCGGCGUUUUUAGGGUUUGGGAUUUUCGCUCACGGCGUGGAGGAGAUCUGAAAAAAGGUGAAAAAAAAAAAUAUUUAAAUUGAUAAUAUCCGCCUUGGGAUGACCUGACUCAGCGUUUUUAGGGUUUGGGAUUUUCAUGAUUUUCGCUCACGGCGUGGAGGAGAUGUGAAAAAAAGCGAAAAAAAAGAUAUUUCAAUUGAAAAUAUCUGCCUCGGGAUGACCUGACUCGGCGUUUUUAGGGUUUGUGAUUUUCACUCACGGCCUGGAGGAAAUCUGAAAAAAGGUGAAAAAAAAGAUAUUUCAAUUGAAAAUAUCCGCCUCGGGACAACCCGACUCGGCGUUUUUAGGGUUUGGGAUUUUCAUGAUUUUCGCUCACGGCGUGGAGAUCUGAAGAACAAAAAAAAAAAACAAAACAAAUCCACCUUGGGAUGGCAGGGGGGUUUUCCUGGACUUGGCGUUUUUAGGGUUUGGGAUUUUCGCUCACAGCGUGGAGGAGAUCUGAAAAAAGCAAAAAAAAAAAAUUUAAAUUGAAAAUAUCCGCCUUGGGACGGCGGGGUGGUUUUCCCCGACUCGGCGCUUUUAGGGUUUGGGAUUUUCGCUCACGGCCUGGAGGAAAUCUGAAGAAAGAAAAAAAAAUUUCUAAAAAUCCACUUUGGGAUGGCUUGUGGGGGUGGGUUUCCCAGACUCGGCAUUUUUAGGGUUUUUGAUUUUCGCUCGCAGCGUGGAAGAAAUCUGAAGAACAAAAAACAAAAUCCACCUCGGGAUGGCUGUGGGGUUUCCCGGACUCGGUGUUUUUAGGGUUUGUGAUUUUUUUUUUUGCUCGUGGCGUGGAGAUUUGGAAAAAAAAAAAAAAUCAACGUUUUCUCCAUCCUGGGACGGCAGGAAAAAUUGAAUUUCUGGACUUGGAAUUUUCGGGUUCUUCGCUUGAUUGGAGCCGUUACAAACCCAGCGAGGAGGGGGCGGCGGGGGCUCCAGCACUGCCAGACCCCUCGGGGGUCCCCCCAAAUCUGCCGAGCUCCCUCUCCUCGCCCCCUCUGGAAUUCUGGAAUUCCCCCCGGGCAUCCCCCACCUCCUCCCACUCUGCUUCCUCCACCCUUGCUGUUGCUUCCCAGACACUCGUGAUCGUGGAUCUGUAUUUUAUUUUCUUUUGUACUUCAAUUUUUUUUGUUUUUUUUUUUUUUUUGACCUUUUUUUUUUUUUUUUUCCCCUUUUUUUUUUUUUUUUUUUUCAAGUACCGUAGGCAGGCGCCUCUGGCCUGGGUCCGUGGGACUCGUUGGGAAUUUAAUUUAUUUGCGUUUCUUUUGGGUUAUUUUUUACCAUUUUUCUCCUCCGGUGUCGGUCCCGGCAGAUCCGGCGGGAGGCAGGGAUUGAAGUGAUCAAUAAACAGAAUUCUGGUUGCUUUA